AUGAGGCGAGGCAAGCGUGAUCCGGCGAUCGCCGCCGCCGCUGCCAUCGUCAUGCUCUGCGUCGCAUCGACGGUGCUCAUGGUCAACGGCACCACCACCAAGGGAGAAGAGCUCACGACGCAGCUAUCCAACGGCUUCACCGCGGCGCACGCGGCGGGCGCGGCGGUGCCGUUCGAGCCCGUGCUGUACGCGCCCAGCGGCGCCUUCGCGUUGGGCUUCCUCCGCGUGGGCGCGGCGUCGCUGGACCUCGCCGUGGUCCACCUCCCGUCCUCCUUCCCCGUCUGGCGCGCCACGCCGGCCCGCCUCGGGGACUGGUCGCGCCUGGCCACGCUCACGUUCGACGACUGCAGCCUGGUCCUCACCGGCCACGACGACGGCGUGCUGUGGCAGACGGUCGACACCGUCGGCGACGUCGUGGUGCUGCUCGACUCCUCCAACCUCGUCGUGCGGCGGUACGAGAAGACGGUGCCGGAGUGGGAGAGUUUCCGCCACCCAUCCGACACGCUCGUCCUUGGGCAGAACUUCACCAGCUCCUCGCCGCCGCUCGUCUCCGCGAACCGCCGGUUUGCGCUGCGGCUCGGGAAGUCGUACAUGGCGCUGCACAUGGAGUUCUACGGCGUCCGGACGACGCCGACGACGUACUGGCGGCACACGGCGCUCGAGGCGCAGCCGGAGAGCGUCACGGAGCCGCCGGUCUACGGCCGCCUCGACUCCCGCGGGUUCUUCGGCCUGUACCUCGAGGGCGGCGACCGGAGAGUCGACGUGCUCUCGUUCGACACGUUCGUGGACAACCUCACAGGCGCCUUCCGGCGGAUGACGCUCGAAGACGACGGCAACCUCCGCGCGUACUACUGGACCAGCGGAUCCAAGGCGUGGACGUCGGACUACAGGGCCAUCUCGGAGCGGUGCGAGCUGCCGACGCCGUGCGGCGCGUACGGCCUGUGCGUCCCCGGGAAGGCCGAGUGCCAGUGCCUCGACGACAACAGCACGAGCGCCCCCGCCGCCGCCGACGCACCGUCGUGCCACGCCGAGGAGACCGCCGACCUGUGCGCCGGCAGCGGACAGCAGCUGGGAUUCGACGUGGUGCGGCGGAAGCGGGUGUCCGUGGCGUACAAGGAGGAGCUGCCGUUCGAGACGAACAGGACGGCGGCGGAGUGCGAGGCGGCGUGCGCGGGCAACUGCAGCUGCUGGGCCGCGGUGCACAGCGGCGCCAGCGGGUACUGCUACCUCAUCGACUUCCCCGUGGAGACGCUGGUGUACGAGGCCGACGACCAGAAGGUGGGCUACUUCAAGGUCAGGAAGUCGUCGCCUGCACGACGGAAGGGCAUGUCGCCGGGCGUCGCCGCAGCGACGGCGGCGCUGUCGCUGGUCCUGGUUGGCCUGGCCGCGGCCGGAGCUUGCAUCAGGUACCAGAUGUGGGAGGGGAGGAAGCGGAGACGAGCGGGGACGAUGGAGCAGGAGCUGGUGCCGGGGAUGUACAAGGAUCUCAGGUCCAUGGACAGCUCCAACAACUCGUUCAGGGCAUGA